GUACGUCCUUCUAGAAACCUUCCAUUCUUUGCUCUGCCAGAGUAGAAUAAGUAGGUAGGAUAGAGAUGUAUUAGAUACUUACUUAUAAUAGGACUUACUAACAUAUACUAUACCCAUAGACUACACUACACUCACUACCUACCUACGGAACAACCCCUCCCACCCAUCAUCACUACUCUAGUCCCAUCCUAUCAUAUCAUCUUCCUCGCUUCAGCUGCGUGCGUGCGUGCCUGCCGAGGUGAGGGCGAACGAACGAACGAGGAACGUGAAGUGGAAAAGCCUAUGACGUAGCGAGGAACAGGGCGCGCAUCAUCGAUGAGAGGGACUAAGGCCUUGGAAGGAAAAUCGGAGAAGGAAUUUGAGGAAAGGAAAGGAAAGUAUUUGAAUCGGAAUUCUUCUGAUUUUGAAGUUUUGAUGAGAGAAGAGAUUGAAGAUUGAAGAUUGAAGAUUGAGGAAUUGAGUGAAAGGUAUGUUUAUUUUUCGUUUUUGGGAGGGAUGGUGAGAGGGAAGGGGAGAGGGGAGGGAGUUGUUUGUUUGUUUGUUGCACGAGGGAGAUUCUGGUGUACAGUAUGGAGAUACGGAAACGGGGAGUUGUAAUUGCAAUGACAAUUGUGCCUAAAGGAUGAUGGAAAGGGAUUGUUCUAUUACACAGAGCAAGACGAAACUUCCUACGAUUCGAAUACUAACGGGAUUCAGAACCGCAUAACUACAACACCAUCAUUACCAUCACAAGCCACACUCCGCACUCCACAUCACACUUCAUAUCACACGAGAACGGAACACAGAACGAAAAAAAGUACGAUAUCGAAGAUCGAAUCGAAGGACGAAGGAAAAUAAAGAAGAUUGCAAGAUGUCUUUCAUCCUUCGCAAUGUACGAGGAGGUGCUGUGACACGGGGAUUGGGUGGAUAUGGAGGGGUUGGUGGCGCGAAGAGGGGGUUUGCUGGAACGGCUAGUAGGGGAUUGAAGGAGAGUGAUAGGGGUAUGUAUUCUUUUCCUUCUUAUAUUUUUGCUGUCUUCUGUUGAAAUUGGAUUGGAUUGGAUUGAAGGGAUUUCGAGCUCGAUUUGAUUUGUUUCCUCGUGUGGCGGACGCAGGGAAAUACUGUCAAUGAGUCUUGAGGGAUGGAGGACGGAUGUGGAAGAUAUAUAUGGAUGCUAAUAUAUUUUAUGAAUAGAUAACCCAUCAAGAGACCCGGAGAAGCAUAAGCAAGAUCAGUUGGCGAAGCAGAAAGAAGGGAAGGGUCAUUGGAAGCCGGAGCUUGCUAGUGAUAGCGAGGAGGCUGUAAGUUUAUUUUUCUUUCCCCUCAUCUCCUUCUCCCCUCAUAUCUUCCUAUUCACAUCAUCCCAACUCUCUAUCUCCUCAACCCUUCCUCUCCCUCCACUUUCUCACUCCAUAUUUCAUACCCAAAUACAAACCACAAAGCCAAAAAAGGGAACAAACCGACCCUAACACAAAAAAACAGAUAACAGCAGACCGCUCCCACCAAAACGAAUCCAUCGAAGACCUCCAAGAAAAGACCAAGGAAUAUGCGGAUAAGAAACAUAAGUAGGCGUGCUUGCCCCCCGAUCUUUGUUUUUAUCCCACUCCUUGAUCUGCGUAUACAUUUGCAUCUGCAUUCCUAUCCAGCUUUGUUUUAUCCGUCGAUAUUGAGAUUGCAUGGCAUUGGAUGGUGCUGAUUUCUUUGGGGGAAAUAGACAUGGAACUAGUAUGGAUAGUGGUUUGUAGAUUGGAUGUGGAGGGGAUGUGGAUGUGGAGGGGGAUGGG